ACAGCAAGCGUUCGCCGUUUGCCUUAAAAAGUUUUAGCAUAAAUAAUUAACACACAUAGACACAUAGCAAAGUGUUAAACAGUUGCCAUUAAGGCCUAAUUCGCGCUGCAAUAAACAAAUAAAAUGGGCGAGCAACCGAUUUUCACUUGCCAGGCGCAUGUGUUUCACAUUGAUCCCAAGACGAAACGCACAUGGAUUACGGCCAGCAUGAAGGCGGUCAACGUGAGCUUCUUCUAUGACAGCUCACGGAAUCUGUAUCGCAUUAUUAGCGUCGAGGGCACCAAGGCGGUCAUUAACUCAACAAUAACACCAAGCAUGACAUUCACGCAAACCUCACAAAAGUUUGGACAAUGGAGCGAUGUACGCGCCAAUACGGUCUACGGACUGGGCUUUAGUUCCGAGGCGGAGUUAACUAAGUUUGUGGAGAAGUUCCAGGAGGUUAAGGAGGCCACCAAGAAUGCCAUGAAAUCCGCCAAUGGCUCCAAUGCGGUAACGCCCACCACCUCGGCAAAUACAUCGCCCAUAUCAGGACGAGCUGUGGGCGCCAUGCAAAACGAUAACACCAACAUAGAUCCGCAUACUGUGGAGCCGCCGAAUUUAAGUAACACGAAUACGCAAAAUGCCAAUCCGGAUAGUCCAUCGCAUAAGUUGCUAAACGCUUGCGAUGUUAAGCAAGACAUGAACUCGGCAACACCCUCACCACAGCCCACAAUGGGUAUGGCAACGGCCACGGCAACACCAGCAAAUGUUGGUGGUGGCAUUACAAUCUCCUCGGGUGGCAGCAUUGUGGGCAUGCAUACUGGUCCUGGUGCGGGUGCAACGGUCGAACAGCAGCUAAAAUAUGAGAACGAGCGUCUGAAAAUGGCGCUGGCUCAGAGCUGCGCUAAUGCAAAAAAAUGGGAAAUUGAACUGGCUACGCUUAAGAACAACAAUAUACGCCUGACUAGCGCUUUGCAAGAAUCUACAGCCAACGUAGACGAGUGGAAGCGUCAGCUACAUACUUAUAAGGAAGAGAACAUACGCCUCAAGCGUGAAAUGGAGCUAUUGCGUGUGGGUGCUGCUGCUGGUGGCGUCGCUUCUGGUAGCGCCAUUGAGGAUGAGCUGCGUCGGGAGGUUGCAGCGCUCAAGGCGCGCACUGAAUCGCUGCAAACAGAGUUGCUGCAGCACGAACUAGAGCUUAAAACAGCCAACAUGAAUUUACGCGAAAAGUGCAACGAUCAAACGCUGGCCAAGAUGAGUGAACUUAAUGUAAUUUUCGCCAAAAGUGUGGCCGAAUUGUACGCAGUGCAAAAGGAUAUGGAAAACGUUAUACAUCCAGCCAAGUGCACUUGAGACGCAGAGUUUCGCGUACACAGCAAGGUUUCAGCGCAGGAACAGACUUCAAUGGCAACAACUACAACGACAUCAUCGACUACAACAACUAGUAAACGUUAUUUAAGCAAUUUUCUAACAGCUGAGGCAGAGAGCACACUCUCUAAUGUCACCUCAAUACACACACAGCUGCAAUCUUCACUCUAUGAGACACAGCAUUCGGCACAACUGAAGGCGCUAGAUAAACAUUCGGCGUUGCUGCAGGAGCUGCAUCAGCGUCAACUUCAGUCGGCGUCGUCGCGUAUUGCCUCUGCUGUGGCUGAGGCAGCUGCUAGUGGCACCAAAACUGCCACAAUACUUGUAUCGAAAUCAAAAACCAAAACUGGGCUGCCCCUGUUGCUGAAAAAUUCCAUUAACAAUUAGGCAAACAAACAUUUUUCACUGAGCAUUGGCAUUUUUUGUAAUCUUUGUAUUUGGUAGUUUGUAUACAAAAAUAGCUCACAUGCACACACACACACACACACACAUACAUAUUCACACUCAAAUUAGUCUGUCCCGUUUAGUUUGAAAGCCCAGUAUUUUUCAUAAGUUCAAAAUUAAGCGCAUUUUGUGUCUGUGUCGUGGUCAGUUUUUUAAUAGCAUUUAAGUCAAAAGUAAAUUAAUUUUAUAACGCGCAUUAUUACCAGUGCAAUAUUAACAAACAAUACAUAAUUAUAUACAAUUGAUAUUAUGUGCUCUUUCUAUUUUGCUAAUUGUUAAUUAAUUUGUAAUAAGAGCUUGACAAUGAAAACUACAGCUUAAAGUCCAAUCUCUCUCUCUUAAGCACACAAUCACACACACAGCAUCCAAAGAAAUUCAAAACUGUAUUUGCAAAACGAACAAACGAAAAUUUUCAUAGUAUUUUAUGUAUAGAUAUAAUGUAACAUUUGGUAUUGUCUGAUUGAUAUUGUCUACUAUUUAUUCUGUCUAAUUUAAAGAAAGAAAAAAAGUCUUGAAAGCAACCAUUGGUAUUUAAAGGCUAAUUAGCAAAUAUACAACACAUAAUUUACUUUAACUUUAACACUAUUUAUUGCAAUUAAACAUUAUAUAUACUUACAUUUAAUUUUAAACUUUAACUUUGACAUGGGCACACUGAAAAUUUCACAUAAAACAUAAUAAUAAUUUUAUAAAUCAUACGAAACUAGCAAAGUAAUUUAAACGAAUACCAAGUCAAGUACGGUGGAAAAGCAAAACAACUAGUUUAAUAUAUUA